AUGUCUCUAUCCAUUGAUUCCAUUCUACAACUGAUUAGUAUAUUCCUAACAGUGCCCCAAACAUUGCAUGCCAUAUGGGAGUUGAUGGCGCGCUGGGUUCGGCGACUUACCAGAAGAGAGGAGAAUUUACUGCCUAUCUCGCGCCCUCAACUUCCUAAUGCGGAACGCACCACCAACAUUCAUUUCUCUUACAUGGUCUUCGUCGCUGUGGUGGCUGCUCCAAUAAUUCCAUCUCGCCGUCGUGAUGGUUAGACCUGUCCAUUCCUCGAACACUUCUAUCAAAAGUCAAGCUUUUGAUCGAGUUGGUUUUUCAGCGUGCAUUGGACUUUGGGAUAUUUAUGAUAGCAAUGGUUUAGGUUAUAUAUGAUGGCAUUGGACAUGGGCAUGGACAUGAUUAAGGUAUUGGAUACAUUCGGCUUAAAGCAUGGUGUUUGGGAAAAAGCAAAGAGUAUACACCUGCAUUGGACAUAGGUUACACUUACAUGUAUGAUAUAAGAUAGCAUGGCGUUUUAUUAUUCACCAAAUAGUACUAUUGACAAUUUGU